AUGCUAAUACCCCGUAGGAUUAGUGAUAAAAAAUGCAGAUUCACGGCAAAGAAAAUUACCUUCCUAGAAUAUCAGCGUGUAAGGAGGUCAGAAUUAACCAAAAAUAUAACAGAAAGGAAGAGAUUGGGUUCUAUUCUCUUUUUACCAGAAGUUUCGGAUGAACUCAAUUACUUAUCCCACGAAUCAGUUCAGAGAAUAUUACACCAAGGAAGUUUAUUUCAUUCUGUAACUACUAAGUUAAACGAUGUUAAUACCUUUCCAUCUAACCAUGUUAAUUCUAGCCAUUACCUCACGACUAUAGAGAAUCCCACCGACACUGAUGAUGGUAGGGAUUCAUUGCACGAUUUGUUAUACGGCAGGAUAUUUAACGUUCGCUGUCUAAGUAACCAUGAUCUGUGCCUUUUGUUAACCUAUUUAGUUGAUGUGUCCAAGUUUUCUGAAGUCGACACAUCACUCCUACUGAAGGUUUUGACACAGAUCAACAUUACAUUUGAAACACUAUCAUUUUCAGAAAUAUCGCACAUAUUGUAUUGUAUAACUAAAUUGGAGCAUCUAAAAACUAAUUUUACCCCUUUCAUUGAAAUAACUCUUAAAAUAUCUUCAAAAACAUUAAAACUUCUUUCUACCCCUGAGUCAGUAACUGAACUUAACUUUAACACUCCCACGAACAUUUCUAAGUUGGUGUAUUCACUUACAUUUUCAAAGUCGUUAAGCGUUUUUUAUACAUCAGGUCUUAAGUCAACGCUUGAAGAGCUUAUGAAUAUGUAUUUGAAGGCCUAUGAAUCUGGGUCUAUUCACUCUAGAACGGACUCUAGAGAUUUCAGUUUACUUUGUAAAUGUAUGGUCAAGUUAAAAUUAUUCAAUUUUGAGUUAUUAUCUUUGUUUUCUGAUUACUACCAACAUCGACUGCAAGAAUUCAAUUCUAAUGUUUGCAAAUCGAAACAAUCCCUGGAAUUAUCUGGUUUGGAAGAGGGUUCUUUUCACAUAAACCACAACAUGGACAAACUAAAGUUUUUGGAACAGAUUGAUGAAAAAAUAAAUCUACGCCACUUGCUUGAUUUAUUGGAUGCCAUUGAAUUUUUCGGGGUUAAUCACAGGAAACUGUUUGAAGAAUUUAAUGAGUACAUCUCUUCAUACCUUCGGUUCUUUCUCACUGACGGUACUUUUAUAAAAAACUAUUUUAACAUGUACUCAAUUAACCGGAACCUUAGAAGAAACAAGUUGGUCAGUUUGCUCAAAAAUAAUAAUUAUUUCAAAAGUAAUAAAUUAAACCUUCAAAAAAUAUACUCAAAAAUACCAAAAUUUGACGAGGCAAAUCAGUUUAUGGACCCGGAAAUUAUUUGUAAAUUGCAAAAAUACGUCACCCAAAGGUUCUUAUUCCAGAGGUUUUUGGAAGAGGCGUCUAAAUAUGUUGAAGUAAAAUUCACAAAAGAAAGUCUGGCCGUUUCUAAUUUUUUGGAAAAUAAUUUUGAUGACUUAGAAUUAAUUGACAAGUUUAUGGAAUCCAUAAAGCACCUUCCGAAGGUGUUGAAUUUUAACAUUAUUUGGAAAGUUUUAAACUUAAUUAACACACAUAAGAGAACAUCGCUUGUAACUAUGGCAUAUAGUUACUUGCAGGAAUCAAGCAUAAUUUUUGAACAAUUAGAGGCACCCUCUGACGACCUGUUUGGGAUAUUCAAGAAUGUUAUCGAGAGUAAAUGUGAGAACCAGCUAGUGGUUAUUGACAACUUUUGUAAAAUCGUACAAAUGUUCAUAGAAACUGAUCUGAAAAGGGAUUACAUAGGACUGGUUAUGUUUUCAAACAUGUAUAAAAUACUUAGGGAAAGUUAUAAAAUAACACCUGAACAAUUUGAGGAUUUAAAUCAAUGCGGAAGCAUUUCACUUCUUAGGGGAAUUCUAGAAGAUUAUUUUAAACGUUAUAAGAAACAAAAAAUAAUAGAGUUUAAUGAGAUUCCGGAAAGGAAAGAACUGGAAUCAGUAUUUGAAUCCCUUACAAGGGGACAGAUAUUCGAGUCAGGAGAAAAAUGUUCAAACAUAGACUACUGUAAAAGGAUGGAAAAUAUGAUUCACAUUCUGGAUAAUUUGGGCAAUCUGGAUGAAAACCUGAGGAAGGUGGUUGAUUUGAACGAAGAUGUGUUUAAGUUUGUAAUAUAUAACGGGUUCAUGACCCAAAUGUCAAAAUGA